AAGGUUAAAUACUUGCCAGCAGGCUAGGUGAUUUGCUUAAUUCUAAAAAUGAGUACCACAACCCAAAACAGUGGAAUGUCGAACCUGGAGGAUCAAAGGAGUUUCAGCGCAGGCGAUUAUGUCGUAUUUGGUUGUUUGUUUUUUGUGUCAGCUCUUAUCGGGCUUUUCUUCGCUUACAGAGACAGAAAGAAAAAGUCUGCGGAAAACUACCUUUUGGCCGGCAGAACUAUGAGCGGUUGGCCGGUUGCCUUGAGCCUUACCGCAAGUUUUAUGUCAGCGAUAACCGUACUGGGAACUCCAGCUGAAGUUUACAUCUACGGAACAAUGUUCUGGUGGUUCUUUAUAGCUUACACAAUAGUAGCAAUCGUCACGGCCACCAUAUUUGUACCAGUGUUUUACAAGCUUGGCAUCUCUAGUACAUACGAGUAUCUUGAAAUGCGUUUCGAUCGAUCGGUCCGGAUAGCUGGAACAUGCGCUUUCAUCAUACAGACUGUCUUAUACAUGGGGAUGGUGAUGUAUAUGCCAGCAUUAGCUUUAAAUAAAGUAACCGGUCUGAGUUUAAUUGUGUCUAUCGUUGUCACAUCACUGGUUUGUAUCUUCUAUACCUGCAUUGGGGGAAUGAAAGCUGUGGUUUGGAACGACGUUGUACAGUGCUUUGUGAUGUGGGUCGGAUUCGUUGCAAUUAUCAUAAAGGGCUCUUCGGACGCUGGAGGAAUUUCUAAAGUCAUCAGUAUUGCGAAUGAAAAUGGAAGAAUCGACUUUUGGAGGUUCGACCUCGAUCCCCGUAUACGUCACUCAUUCUGGUCAAUUAUAAUUGGUGGUAGUUUGAUGUGGUUGUCGGUAUAUGCGAUCAACCAAUCAAUGGUGCAACGUUAUUUAAGCUGUCGAAGUCUCGCCCAAGCUAAGCUGUCGCUGUACCUUAACGAUAUUGGUUUGUUUCUCGUUAUCAGCUUGGCGUCGCUGACUGGUUUGAUAAUGUUUGCAGUUUACAACAAAUGUGAUCCCUUGACAUCUGGUAAAGUAGAAAAAUCUGACCAGUUGAUUCCAUACUUGGUGAUGGAUAUUCUCCAUUCUCUGCCGGGAAUCCCAGGAAUAUUUGUAGCAGCAGCUUACAGUGGGACUUUGAGCACCGUGUCAACAGGAAUCAACGCAUUGGCUUGCUCAACAUAUGAGGAUUUAAUCAAACCAGCGAAGCCUGACAUAUCCGACAGCAAGGCCGUACUUAUCUCUAAGAUAUUAGUUAUUAUUUACGGGUUACUUGGAUUGGGCGUUGCGUUUCUAUCUUCCCUGCUUGAUAAAGUACUAACGAUGGCUUUGAAAAUGUUCGGUAUCAUUGGAGGACCGCUUUUAGGAAUUUUCUGUCUUGGUAUUUUUACCCCAGUGGCAAAUUCAAAGGGCGCUUUAGCCGGUUUAAUCGGAGGACUAGCAGCUGGACUAUGGCUUGCAGUCGGUUCGUACAUGUAUCCACCUACGGUCGAGUUUACCAGAGCAUUGCCGUUACCGACUGUUGGUUGCAUUGGUUUAAAUGUUACCAGUUCCUCGACGAUGGUUCCAGAAUACACAGGGUUAGCGAAUACAUUGUAUGCUCUGUCAUAUUGCCACUACAGCACUUUCCUGGUUUUGUUCACAUGGACUUUAGGAGUGAUCGUCAGUUUACUUACAGGGGGUUUAAAAUCCAGACAUGACGUGGACCCGAGACUGCUGGCUUUUGGCGGCGACGUAUGUUGUUGCUUAGCAACCGGUAGCUGUGUAUGCAAGAGAGAGACUCUCUAUAUUGAUGACGAAGAAGAAGAAGGCAACGCAAUGAUAGAACUGAAUGAAAAAUCAGGGCAGGGUUCUAUCAAAACAUAAGUUGAGCCAUUAUUUAUGUUAAACGAGGUGUAAAUAAAUUACAAAAUAAUUAAAAUCUUGAAAAAUUAACACUUUUUUUAUGGUCAAAGCCCUAUAAAUAUAAGGUUGUUAUGCGCAGUCAUAUAAACGGUCAUGUUACGGCUUUGGGGAUACGUACUGAUUUUAAAUAACACUUUUUUAUGCUGCAACAAAUAGGUGAUUUUGGUUAUAUUCGUUUAAUUCACUGUUUCGUAUAAACAAGUACUCAGAUUACAUGGUUUCAAAAGUGCAGUGUGCCAAUAACGAUGUUCGUUAAUUGUAAAUAAAAUUGAUUUGUACUCCAAG